UCAUUUACCUUUAUGUAACCCUUAAAUAAGUAAUGACAGUGAGCUCAGGCUGUUUAAUGCAGUCAUAGAAAACAGAAUCAUCUUGAAAAACUCAUGAGAACGUUAUAAAAUGUGGGGCAGAUCAUGCGCAGUGCGGGGAGGAGCACUUUUGGACGGGUAGCAGAACUCGGCAGAACACCGGUCUGAAAACUGGGGGGGUUUACAGCUGUGUGGGAGAAACUUCAGACUCAUGAAUAUUCAAACAUUCCAUUCAACCGUGUAAUAUGAUUGGCUGACGAACAAUGGCUCCGCCCUCCCAGCGUCUAUUCGCUGAGAGAGUUAGGGGGCGGGGCUUAGAGGGAGAGCGGUGUGACGCAGUGAGGAGGAAGUGAAAGUAAGUUCAGUCUCCGCCAUUAGAAGAGGACAGAAGUCCGGAUUCACUCGGGGUCGGUGUCGGCAGUGUUCAGCUGUGUGUGAAUGAAGAAGAGUAAAUGAUGGAUCUUCAGAACUCCAGCAGUGGAGGAGGACCUCCUGUCCUAAAGGAGAAGAGAGCAGCAUCUCCAGCCCCCAGUGGAGUGUCUAUGAAGAGUGAUUGGUCUAUGGGGAUUCCUCCAGCGUUCAGCAGUGGAGGAGGAAGCUCUGGGUCUCGAACUGAAACCCAGAGAGGAGCUUCUCCAGAACCCAGCUGUGUUUCUAUGAAGAGUGACGCGUCCAUCGAUCUUCCUCCUGAUUUCAGCAGUGAAGAUAUGACCUCUGACCCACAGGAGAAGAGAGCAGCAUCUCCAGCCCCCAGUGGAGUGUCUAUGAAGAGUGACGGGUCCAUGGGUCAUCCUCUAAACUUCAGCAGUGGAGGAGGAAGCUCUGGGUCUCGAACUGAAACCCAGAGAGGAGCUUCUCCAGAACCCAGCUGUGUUUUUAUGAAGAGUGACGCAUCCAUCGGGAAACGUCCUGAUUUCAGCAGUGAAGAUAUGACCUCUGACCCACAUGAGAAGAAAAAAAACUUUUCCAGAAAAGAACUGGACCGCGUAUUCAAGAAGCUGCAGGAGAAGUUUAUCUCUCUAGUGAAGAACGAGCUAAACACGUUUAAGAAGCUCCUGAGUCCAGAUUACCCAGCAUGCUCUGAGGGAGAGGUGGAUGAUGAUAAGAAGGAGGGGGUGCUGAAGGUCACACUGCACAUCCUGAGGAACAUGAAUCAGACAAACCUCGCCAACACACUAGAGAGCAAAUUGGCCCCAGCAUGUCAACGAAAGCUCAAAUCCAAGCUGAGAGAUAAAUAUCAGAUACUUAAUGAAGGAAUCUCAGGCCAUGUAAAGUCAGCACUUCUGAAUGAGAUCUACACAGAGCUCUACAUCACAGAGGGAGAUGGAGGAGAUGUCAAUCAGGAACAUGAGGUGAAACAGAUUGAAGCUGCAUCCAGGAAAAAAACAACACAGGAAAAACCAAUCAAAUGCAACGACAUCUUUAAACCAUUACCAGAACAGAAACAACCCAUCAGAACUGUACUGACUAAAGGAGUUGCUGGAAUUGGAAAAACAGUCUCUGUGCAGAAGUUCAUUCUGGACUGGGCUGAAGGAAAAGUAAAUCAGGACAUUCUCUUCAUAUUUCCACUUCCGUUUAGAGAGCUGAAUCUGAUGAAGGAGAAUAAGCUCAGUCUGGUAAAUCUUCUUCAGAGCUUUUUCCCAGAAACACAAGAUUUAAAACCAAGACAUUAUAAGGGCUACAAGGUCAUGUUCAUUUUUGAUGGUCUGGAUGAGUGUCGACUGCCUCUAGAUUUCCAGAACAAUGAGAACUUGGUGAAUAUAGAAGAGCAAACCUCAGUGGAUGUCCUGCUGACAAACCUCAUCAAGGGGAAUCUACUUCCCUCUGCUCUCCUCUGGAUCACCUCUCGACCAGCAGCGGUCAGUCAGAUCCCUCCGGAGUGUUUUGACCAGGUAACAGAAGUGCGGGGUUUCAGUGACCCUCAGAAACAGGAGUACUUCAGUAAGAGGAUCAGAGAUAAGGACCUGGCCAACAAAGUCUUCACACACAUCAGGUCUUCAAGAAGCCUCUGCAUCAUGUGCCACAUACCGGUCUUCUGCUGGAUUACAGCCACUGUUCUAGAGAGAAUGCUGAGUGAAGCUGAGAGUGGAGAAAUUCCCAAAACCCUGACGCAGAUGUUCACACACUUCCUGAUCUUUCAGAUCAAACACAAGGACCAGAAGUACAGUGGGAAAAGUGAAACUGAUCCUCAGCAGACUAGAACAAGUAUCCUGGCUCUGGGGAAACUGGCGUUCCAGCAGCUGGAGAAAGGAAACCUGAUCUUCUAUGAGGAAGAUCUAAGAGAGAGUGGCAUUGAUUUUAGAGAAGUGUCUGUGUACUCAGGAGUGUGUACCCAGAUCUUCAGGGAGGAACAUGAGCUGCACCUGGGGAAGGUCUUUAGCUUUGUUCAUCUGAGCGUUCAGGAGUUUCUUGCUGCUUUAUAUGCAUUUCUCAACAGAAAAAUUCCAAAAGAACAAUCCACUGAACAACAAACCAGUAAACUCUUCAAGUUUUUCAGCAAGUCAACAAUGACUGACUUCCUCAGCAGUGCCAUAGACAGAGCCUUACAGAGCGAAAGUGGACACCUGGACCUGUUCCUUCGUUUCCUCCUGGGUCUCUCACUGGAGUCUAAUCAGACUGUAUUAGGAGUGUUGCUGACCCCAACAGAGAGUAUCUCUCACAGCAAUAAAACAGUCCAAUACAUCAAGGAGAGGAUUGAGGAGAACUCAUCUCCAGAGAAAUCCAUCAAUCUGUUCCACUGUCUGAAUGAACUGAAUGAUCAUUCUCUGGUGCAGGAAGUGCAGAAAUACCUGAGGAGAGGUGGUGAGCGUCGUCUUCAACAGGCCAGCCUCUCUCCUGCUCAGUGGUCAGCUCUGGCGUUUGUGUUGGUGAACUCAGAAGAAGAGCUGGAGGAGUUUAACCUCAGUAAAUAUGAUCCAUCAGAGGAGUGUCUUCUAAGGCUGCUGCCAGUAGUUAAAAUAUCCAGAAGAGCUGUACUAGCUUCAUGUGAUCUUGGAGUAAAGACAUGUGAAAAUCUGGAAUCAGUUUUAAACCUGGAAAACUCCUCCCUGAAAGAGCUGGACCUCAGUAACAACAACCUGCAGGAUUCAGGAGUGGAGCUGCUCUCUGCUGGACUGAAGAGUUCACACUGUAAAUUACAGAUUCUCAGAUUAGCUUUGUGUAAUAUAGGAAGAAAGACGUGUGAAAAUCUGGAAUCAGUUUUAAACCUGGAAAACUCCUCCCUGAAAGAGCUGGACCUCAGUAAAAACGACCUGCAGGAUUCAGGAGUGGAGCUGCUCUCUGCUGGACUGAAGAAUUCACAAUGUAAACUGCAGAUUCUCAGACUAGCUUCAUGUAAUCUUGGAGUAAAGACAUGUGAAAAUCUGGAAUCAGUUUUAAACCUGGAAAACUCCUCCCUGAAAGAGCUGGACCUCAGUAACAAUGACCUGCAGGAUUCAGGAGUGGCGCUGCUCUCUGCUGGACUGAAGAGUUCACAAUGUAAACUGCAGAUUCUCAGAUUAUCUGGUUGUAUGAUCACAGAGAAAGGCUGUUGUUCUCUGGCUUCAGCUCUAAUUGUGAACCUCUCCCACCUGAAAGAGCUGGAUCUGACCUACAACCACCCAGGAGAGUCAGGAGUGAAGCUGCUUUCUGCCAGACUGGAGGAUCCACACUGCAAACUGGAGAAAAUCGGAGUGGAACAUGGAGGGAAGAUCCGAAUCAAACCUGGAUUAAAAAAAUACGGCUGUGAUUUCACUCUGGAUCUGAACACAGCGCAGCGGCGUCUCUCUCUGAGUGAGGAGAACAGGAGGGUGGAGUGUGGAGAGGAGCUGCAGUCGUAUCCUGAUCAUCCAGAGAGAUUUGAUUGGUGGCCGCAGGUUCUUAGUAGAGAGAGAGUUACUGGUGUUACUGGACGCUAUUACUGGGAGGCUGAGUGGAGCGGAGAAGGAGGAGGAGCUGCUGUAGCUCUGAGUUAUAAAACCAUCAACAGGAAAGGAUUAGGAUCAGACUGUGAGUUUGGAGGGAAUAUAAACUCCUGGAGUCUGAGCUGCUCUGAUAACAGUUACUCUGUUCAUCACAAUAAUAACAGAACUGUUCUCUCCACUCCUCCCUCCGGCUGUAGGAGAGUAGGAGUCUAUGUGGACUGUCCCUCCGGCACUCUGUCCUUCUACAGAGUCUCCUCUGAUACACACACACCCUCACACACACACACACCCACACACACACACUCACACACACCCUCACACACUCUCACACACUCACACACACCCUCACACACUCUCACACACUUACACACAUUCUACACCACCUUCACUCAGCCCCUCUAUGCAGGGUUUAGGGUUUAUGGUCCUGGCUCCUCAGUGCGUCUGUGUAAGAUAGAUUAACCCUGUGUGGAACAGAGAUUUGAUGUGUGUAUGUGUAUCACUGUGUGUGUGUGCGUGCGUGUGUGUGUGGGAGGGAGAAUUGGUAUAUAAGUAUGUAAAUAUUUUAUAUAGAAGAUUUUGUCAUUUUUUCCAGAACCUUUAUUUUAAUGACUGUUAUCUUUAUUCACUACUGUUAUUAUUGUUAAUUAUUGUUUUAUUUUAUUGUAAAUUAGGUUCAUAUUAAUAAACCUAAAUAAAUGAAGAAAGGUGAA